AUGGUAUAUAAGCUGGUGAGAGUCGCUGAGGGAUUCACUGCAGUGAGCAGAUUCAUCAGAGCGAAUCCACUCCAGUCUAGGAGAUAACCCUAAGUUAAAAAUGGCAUUCGCCGGAAUUCUGAACGAGGCUGACAUCACUGCAGCCCUUGCAGCUUGCCAAGCCGCCGACUCCUUCAAGUACAAAGACUUCUUUGCCAAGGUCGGCCUGGCUGGCAAGACCCCAGAUGACAUCAAGAAGGCCUUUGCUGUCAUUGACCAGGACAAGAGUGGCUUCAUUGAGGAGGAUGAGCUGAAGCUGUUCCUGCAGAACUUCUCUGCCAGUGCCAGAGCUCUGACUGAUGCCGAGACCAAGGAGUUUCUCAAGGCUGGUGACUCCGAUGGUGAUGGCAAGAUUGGAGUUGAUGAGUUUGCUGCUUUGGUCAAGAGUUAAAUUACCAAACUGACCAACAUCUUACUACACUACUCUAAAGGAACAACUUGAGCCUAAACAUACUCCUCCUCUCCUCUCCUCUCUCACUCUCUCUCUUUUCAACUCUCAAACACUGUUAUACACCCCCACCACCCACCCACACACACACACACACACACACCUCCAAAUCCCAGUAAACACACUGCUCCCUCUCUAGCUCUCAUUCUGGCAGUGCUCACCCCAUUGUUGUCCAUGAUGAAUGUACAUGACUAAGUGGUUGACUUGUGUCUUUCUCUCUCUCUCUCACUUCUGUCAUAAUUUUACUACCUGAGUUUUGCUAACUGUGAGAUCAGUGAUGAUGCACUUUUAUCGGAAACGGACGGACGAUGAGAAAACAAUAAAGAAUCUUUUUCAGUAACAAAA